AAGGACAGUUCUCUGCAAAAAUUGAAAUGAUGUGCAUAGAGGACCAUUGGUUGGAAAAGUUCAGGAAGCCAGCAAUUAUUAUCAAAUUCAUUUUUCUAUAGAUUGCAAUGCAAGACUUUGAAAUUAUCUUUGGUUUCCCACCACAUCUCUUCAGAUAUUUUCCUUGAAUUAUCUGAAGCAUUAAACUCUUAUAGAAUUAUGCAAUUUCAUUUUUUAGUUUACAUUUAACAAGGCUAGUCCCUUUACUCAACUGAUCAACUACACCAAGGUCAGCGAACGCGCUUCGUGUUAAUUUUGCUCUGCAUUGCAAGACUUUGAAAUUAUCUUUGGUUUCCCAGCAUGUCUCUUUAGAUAUUUUCCUGGAAUUAUCUGAUGCAUUCAACGCUUGUAGAAUUAUGCAAUGUCUUACAUUUUACAAAGCCGUAGUUGCUUUAAUUUACAUUUAGCAAGGCCAGUCCCUUUACCCCACCAUACUCACACGCCUAAACUUUGAAAACAAUGAGUUUUCUACAGAUAAAUUUCCCACUAGUCAUAAAGGAUAUAAGAAUAAGACAACUCUGGUGGCAUUAAAUGAAAUGCAGCAUGUAUAAAACAGAUCAAUCUACUUGCACCCUUUGUCGUCAGCACCGUGUGAGGUACUUUAUGUUAGCAAGAAGAAAGAAGUUUCUCGUCAGCACCGUGUGAGGUAUUUUAUGUUAGCAAGAAGAAAGAAGUUUCAUAGGAAUCUGCAGGCAGACUUCGAAGUCUGUCUGAACUUUUCUAUAUAUAGACAGAACCAGAAACCAAAUGAAACCAAAGCAAUUCAUCCUGUUCCGAUUGAUUUCUUUUGGGGUUUUCGACAAAUUUUCUUCUUGAGUAACCUGUCAAAGACGAACAAAUGAUGAUAAAGAAGUAGGAACCAAAUGAAACAACACAAGUCAUCCAGUUCCAACUAAGUUCUUUCACAUUCUUUGACAUAUUUUCUUGCUGGACUUACUAUCAAUUAGGUGUCGAGUUAUGCGAGAUCCAGUUACUACUUUUGUGUCUCCUAUUGUGAACAAAAUCAUUAGCACCGUUGGAUCCUUGAUCCAAGAAGAAUUUCUUGCAAUUGUGGGUGUUAAGAAGGAGGUCGAAAAGCUGUCAAGCAAUCUAAUCACCAUUGGAGCUGUGCUUAAAGAUGCAGAGCAGAGGCAACUGGAUGCUGAUUGUGAUACAUCUUUGAGAGUUUGGCUAGCGAAGCUCGAAGAUGCUGCUUGUGAUGCAGAGGACAUAUUGGACACUUUUGCAACAGAAACUUUCCUCUGGAAGAGAAAGCAGCAGGUACGCAAAAUCCAAACUCCAAUCAGUGUAAGCAAGCUUAUUUAUAAAGCCAGUGUUGCUCAUAAGAUCAAAGAAAUUUCAGCAAAAUUUGAUGUGAUUGCUAAAGAGAAAAGCAAUUUCCAUCUCAACGUAAGUAUUGAUGGUGGAAGUGUUCAAAACCUUCCAGAAACCACUUUCUUUGUAGACACAAAAUAUGUCUUUGGUAGGGAUUCUGAUAAAGAAAGAUUAGUAGAUCAGAUGCUAUCAAAUGAAUUUGAUUCUGAAUCAAAUGUUUCUGUCAUUCCUAUAAUUGGGAUGGGAGGCUUGGGCAAAACAACUCUUGCUCAACUCAUCUUCAAUGAUGAAAGAGUAAAGAAUCAUUUUGAGUUUAGGAUGUGGGUCUGUGUCACAGUAGAAUUCAAUUUCAGAAGGAUACUCAAGGAAAUGAUUGAAUUUCACACAAAAAUGGAGUAUUCUAACAACUUACCCACCAGCAUCCUAGAGUCACGCUUUCUAGAAUUCUUGUCUGGGAAAAACUUUCUGCUUGUUUUAGAUGAUGUUUGGAGUAACAAUUACCAAGAGUGGGAGCGACUUGAAAACCUCUUGAAACAAGGAGGUAAGGGCAGUAGAGUUUUGGUCACUAGUCGAACCACCAGGGUGUCGGACAUUAUGGGAACACAACCACCCUAUAGAUUGGAAUAUUUGCCCGAAGAGGAAUGUUGGUCAUUGUUUAAAAAAAUUGUUUUCAAAGACUGUAAUUUACUAGGUGGUUUACAGAAAGAACUGGAAGACAUUGGUAGGGAAAUUGUAGGGAAGUGUAGGGGCUUGCCUUUGGCAGUGAAGGCAAUGGGAGGUCUCCUGCGUGGUGAUGUUAAUGUGAACAAAUGGAAACAAAUCUCAAGACAUAGCAUAUGGGAGCUAGAGGAGGAGCAGAACCCCAAUAGGCCUGAAAUUCUGCCUGCUUUGAAAUUGAGUUAUUACCACCUACCUUCUUAUUUAAAGCAAUGUUAUGCAUACUGCUCUGUGUUUCCAAAGGCCUAUGUUUUCGAUAGGAAGGAGUUGGUCAAGCUUUGGAUGGCUGAAGCAUUUGUUCAACCCAGUGGGCAAAAUAGUGUAGAGGAGACUGGAAUUGGAUAUUUUGAUGAGUUGUUAAUGAGGUCUUUCUUCCAAAUUUUUAGCAUCGAUGGCAAGGUGAGAUAUGUAAUGCAUGACCUUAUCCAUGACUUGGCCGUAUCAGUUUCAACUCCCCGGUGCUGCUUUGUCAAGGAUAACAAUUCAUGUGUUAUCUCUGAAAAAUCUCGUCAUGUCUCGUUGCUUUGUCAAGAUUUAGAGAACCCUACCUUGCAGAUUAUUGAAAAAUGUAAUAAGCUGCGCACGCUCCUACUGCCUACUGAGUACUUGAAAAGCUUUGGCCAGGCUCUGAACAAAAUUUUUCAUUCUCUAAAAUACAUUCGUGUUCUGGAUCUAAGUUCAAGCUUGCUCUCGGAACUGCCAAGCUCUAUUAAAGAGUUGAAGCUAUUACGAUACCUGGACCUCUCUAGAACCGAGAUCAAAAUGCUUCCCAGCUCAAUAUGUGAACUUUGCAAUCUACAGACACUUAAGCUUCUAGGGUGCCUUUGGCUUUUCGAAUUGCCCAAGGACCUUGGAAACAUGGUUAACCUGCAUUAUCUUGAGCUAGAUGAGAUGUUUUGGUUCAAGUGUAGGACGCUGCCACCAAGAAUGGGAAACUUAACCAGUCUACAAAAUUUGCAUGCGUUUCCAGUCAGUGGCACAAGUGGACAUGGCAUUGGAGAACUGAAGAACAUGGCAAAUCUUACAGGUACACUGCAUAUUUUGAACCUGGAAAAUGCGGAGAAUGCAGCUGACGCAAAGCUGAACGAGAAGGAGCGCCUUCAGAAGCUGAUGUUAGAGUGGAGUGACGGAGACUUGAACCAAGAAGAUGAAGUCAGAGCACAGAGGGACCUUGAAGACCUCCAGCCUCAUUCAAAUCUCAAAGGGCUGGCAGUUGAUCACUUUAAGGGCUCUAAUUUUCCUACCUGGAUGACAAAUGGUCUGCUUCAAAAUUUGGUAACACUUACUUUAAGUCAUUGCACUAAAUGCACGACACUCUCUGUUGGUCGUUUACCUUGGCUUAGACAGCUCUACUUCAAAGGGAUGCUGGAACUGGAAGAAUGGUCCGAUGUUCAGUGUCCUUCAUUGGUUAGACUACAUAUCAGUAACUGCCCCAAGCUGAGGAAGGUACCAAACUGCAUGCCAAAUUUAAGUGUCCUGAAGAUAAAGAAGUGUGAUUCACUGAAGGCUCUUCCAAUAGUUCCUUCCCUGAUGUUUUUAAUACUCACUGACAAUCUUGUUCUGGAGGAUUGGCAAGAAGGAAUGUGGGUUGCCCUAGAUGAUCAAGGCAACCAAAUAGGCCAACCCAGGCCUACUUUGAUUGGUCUUUUGGAAUUGAAAAUGGUAAAUUGCCCCAAUAUACAAGCACUUCCUCAAAAUUUUGCUCCUCAGAAACUGGAAAUAAGUGGGUGUGGACUCAUAACUGCCUUUCCUGUCCGGAUGUUCGCUGGACGUCUUCAGCAUUUAGCUCUGGGAACAUGUUCUAAUGGAACACUAUUAAGGGCAAUACCAAGUACCAACUCUCUCUACUCCCUGGUUAUUUCAAAUAUCUCAAACCUUGCUUCUUUCCCAAAAUUGCCCCAUCUUCCAGGGCUUAAGAAUUUGUAUAUCAGUGAUUGCGAAGGCCUCACUUCUUUGUCUGAAGAAGAAGGGUCAUUGAAAAGUUUGUCCUCUCUCAAACUGCUCUCCAUUCGAGGGUGUCCAAAGCUUGAAUCAUUUCCUGAUGAAGGGUUACCAACAGAACUUGAGUGCCUAGUGAUUGGCUCUUGCCCCAUUUUAAAAUCUCUAGGUUCCAAACAGACCUUAAAAAGCCUUCUCUCACUCAAGGACUUAUAUUUGGAAGAUUGUCCCUUGAUACAGUCCUUUCCCGAGGAUGGACUACCUUCCUCUCUCCCACAUUUGGAGAUUCAUGGAUGUCAACUGCUGAUUGAACAAUGCCAAAAGGAGGCUGCAGACGGUGCAGAAUGGCCGAAGAUCAUGCAUGUUACAGACCGGGAAAUUGAUUCCAUCAAGCUACCUUCAACCCCAGAUUUGCCAAAGAAGAAAAAAUGGCCUCCUUUAAUUGGCAGGAGUAAAGGGCCUGAAAAGAUGAAUGGUUGAUUCAAGGAACACUGUCCAUUGUGGUGAAUGAUUAAGCUGCAGCAAGGGAUGAGAAGAUUAGCUUGAUAACUUAAAACCAUGACUGCUACUGAUAUGUGUGUGUUUGUAUUGUAUUUGUAUCAAUAAAAAAGGCCAUUGUCAGUAGGAGACAAUGGCUUAAACCAUUACAUAUUUGUUUCAAAUCCUGUUGUUCAUGUUCCAUAGCUUUUUUUCUACAUGGAUUGAAGUGAGAGUGAUCACUUUAUUCCUCGUUUUCUUAUUCAGAUGUAAUAAAUGAUAAAUUGAUAAUUGGAUGUUGGUUUUCUGCAA